AUGGUGUUGCCAGUAGCCAACAGCACCCGACUCCUGGUCAGCAGCAAGUCGCAGGUGUUCCUGCUAGACUGGGCUUCCCCUGGGAAGCCCUCCAUGCAGCUGUUGGCAGACCUCGCGCCACUGCAACCCGGCACUAUUCUCAACGAGGGCAAAGCGGACGCCCGCGGCAGGCUGUGGGCAGGCACGAAAGGCCCGCAGAGCGGCGACAGAGUAGAGAUCGAUCAAGGCGCCCUCUACAGCCUGGAGCCCCCUUGUUACCAGCCGCAAGUGCAACUCAAACCGGUGACUCUCUCAAACGGCCUCGUGUGGUCACUCAACAACUCUGUACUCUACUACAUCGACUCCUACACUAACAGGAUAGACGCGUUCGACUUUGACUUGGAAUGGGGACGGAUAAGUAAACGUCGUACAAUUUUAGACAUUUCUCAGUGGGGGUACGACGAUGGUAUCCCCGAUGGUAUGACCAUCGACCGCGACGGUUUGCUCUGGGUUGCCAUAUUUAUUCAUGGUAUGGUGAUACGCGUCGACCCCGAUGUCGGGCGAGUAGUAAACAAGUACGACCUGCCGGUUCUGCGGGCGACCUCGAUGACGUGGGCGGGGCCUGACCUCGAGGAACUCGUGGUGACCACGUCUCGCCGCAACCUCCUCCACAACCAGGUGGCCGCGGCGCCGCUCAGUGGCACCCUCAUCGCGUUACAGAACCUCGGCACAGGUGGCGUACCCGACCACAAAUUUGUCUUCGACACGUAA